AUGGUUGAUGUAAAUAGUAAUGCUAAUGUGAACAAUACCACAAAUAGUAAUAAUAACAAUAUUAACACUAUUAAAACCAUUAAUAAUAAGGAAAGUCAUUCAAGACCAAUGUCAAAGUAUACUGGUGUCAUACCAAAAAAUACAUUGAGCUCGCAUAAAACGGAAAAGAUCCAAACGGGAAUGGACCGUUAUGUCACUUAUACAAAACGUAAGUCCAGCCCUAGGACUUCAAAAUUGGAACCAAAUCCAAAACAGGCGAAAACAAAUUCGGUAAGUCAAAAUCGUUUUGCACUCCUUGAUAACCAAGAAAGUGAAAAAAUACCAUCCAUGCCUUUAAAAGACUGCAAGCCACCUCCCUUGUAUUUGCACGAACCUACCACCAAUCUAUUGGGUUAUAAGUUGUCCCAACUUGGCAAAGAAAAUUUCCACUAUACUGGUGCCAUACCAAAAAAUACAUUGAGCUCGCAUAAAACGGAAAAGAUCCAAACGGGAAUGGACCGUUAUGUCACUUAUACAAAACGUAAGUCGAGCCCUAGGACUUCAAAAUUGGAACCAAAUCCAAAACAGGCGAAAACAAAUUCGGUAAGUCAAAAUCGUUUUGCACUCCUUGAUAACCAAGAAAGUGAAAAAAUACCAUCCAUGCCUUUAAAAGACUGCAAGCCACCUCCCUUGUAUUUGCACGAACCUACCACCAAUCUAUUGGGUUAUAAGUUGUCCCAACUUGGCAAAGAAAAUUUCCACUAUACUGGUGCCAUACCAAAAAAUACAUUGAGCUCGCAUAAAACGGAAAAGAUCCAAACGGGAAUGGACCGUUAUGUCACUUAUACAAAACGUAAGUCGAGCCCUAGGACUUCAAAAUUGGAACCAAAUCCAAAACAGGCGAAAACAAAUUCGGUAAGUCAAAAUCGUUUUGCACUCCUUGAUAACCAAGAAAGUGAAAAAAUACCAUCCAUGCCUUUAAAAGACUGCAAGCCACCUCCCUUGUAUUUGCACGAACCUACCACCAAUCUAUUGGGUUAUAAGUUGUCCCAACUUGGCAAAGAAAAUUUCCACGUAGUCUCUCUACGCAAAGGAAACAUUCAGGAAACAAAAAUACAGACUUAUUCAGAAAAGUCUUUUAGGACAAUAGUUGAUAAUUUUGAUUCUGAGAAAAGAAAUUAUUACACGUAUCAACUAAAAAGUGCAAAGGGUUUGACAGUAGUUAUCAAAGGAUACUUUGAAAAAUUGGAAGAUGACAUCCGAAGAAGAUACCAACGACCAAGAGAAGUUUUCAAAGAUUAUGUCCUAGCCCUCCAGAAUUUAAUGCGGCAUGCUGAGAUGACUGAAGACCAAAAGUUGGAACGAAUUUAUCGAAACGCUCAACCCAACUACUUAUGGUAUAUUCAUAGAAAAGACUUCAGAAAUCUUCACGAGCUGCUAUGCCUAGCAGAAGAUCUGGAAAGCAUUCCAACAGCAAACAACCCACCAAAUAACUCGCAACCCACACGAUAUGAACAACACCGAAUGAUGACAAACCAAAUGCCUGUCAGUUAUGAUAACUCCAUGGAAAUAGAACCUGACCUCAGUUACCAUCGUCGCCAAACAUCAGAAGAUGCGACUCAAGAACCACUGACACCUUUAGAAUUAACUGAUAUAAAAUGUGAUACGAAUCGAUUAAGCGCACUUGUGAAAGUAGGAGCAAACACCUUAAUCGCUACGAUUGAUACGGGAGCAACCAGCAGCUAUAUUAGCGAAAAUUUAGCUGAAAAAAUGUUUACUGCCUAUCCAAAAAUCAACACCAACCUAGAGGUCAUACUAGCCGAUGGAUCAGUAAACAAAAUAUGGAGCGCUAUUCGGACACCUAUAAAAAUUGGUCAGGAGACACAAACCAUAACGUUCCUGAUCAUGCCAACAGCCAUAGAAGAGAUGAUUAUCGGACUAAAUUUACUGAAAAUCUUCAAGACAACUGUGUCAUUUGGCGGUCUAUCAUUGUAUUUAGACGAAACAUCAUCAACUAUUGACCCAACAUGCAUGGUAAUAGUAACUAAAAAUACCGCGGAAAACCAAUGUGUAACAUCCCCAGAAGUAAUUGAGGUAACCCCCUCCGACCAUAUUUCACAUUCAAAUCCCUCGGAUGAACAACAGGAAAUAACUAAUCCGGUGAGUGUAUCCAUUCCAACGACAGACUGGACCAAUAAUACUGACAACGUCACCGAAAACCAGGAAAUAAUUAAAAAAUUUAUUGAAGAUGAAUUACAGGAGUUUAGAAAUAUUCGCGGACCCACGAAUCUAACCGAACAUAAAAUUAUAAUGCAGGAUGACCGUCCCAUUAAAAUUAGAUAUGCUAAUCGAAACCCCGCGAUGCAGUCAAUAAUAGAUAAAGAAGUUAACAAAUUACUCGCAAAAGGAUGUAUAGAGCCCUCAUCAAGUCCAUAUAGUUUCCCAAUAACUCUAGCCAAGAAGAAAAAUGGAUCAUGGAGACUUUGUAUGGAUUUUCGUCAACUAAACAGCCGUUCUUCCCCCGAUGCUUACCCUCUACCGCGUAUAAAUCACAUUUUGGAUCGCUUAAGAGAAGCGAAAUUUAUCAGUUGCCUCGAUUUGGAAAACGGUUAUUGGCAAAUACCAAUGGCAGCAGACAGUAAGAAGUAUACGGCAUUUACAGUACCCGGCCGUGGACUAUAUCAAUGGAGAGUGAUGCCCUUUGGUCUUCAUUCAACACCGGCAACAUUCCAGCGAACACUCGAUCAAGUUAUUGGAGCAGACAUUGAACAACAUGUCCAGCACCUGAAGGAGGUUUUCCGACGAUUACGAGAAGCCAAACUAAAGAUAAACCCGGAAAAAUGUGAAUUCUUCAAACGCGAGACUAAAUACUUGGGACACGUUGUAUGUGACGAUGGUAUCAAAACGGACCCCGAUAAAAUAGCAGCCAUCUCCCAAAUGCAACCUCCUAAAACCUUGAAGGAUGUCAGAAGAUUUUUAGGAAUCACGUCCUGGUACAGACGCUUUGUUCCCGACUUCGCGAAAUUAUCCCAACCGUUAACGUCAUUAUUGAAAAAAGGAAAACAUUUUAAAUGGAACAAAGAGCAACAAACAGCAUUCGACGAACUAAAACAAAAAUUAACAGAAUCUCCAAUACUGGCUUGCCCGGACUUUUCAAAAACAUUUCAUCUUCAAACUGACGCAAGUGAUUUUGGACUUGGCGCAGUACUCACCCAAGAACUUGAUGGGUCGGAACGAGUCAUUGCCUACGCAAGUCGUCACUUAAAUCAAGCGGAGAAAAAUUAUACUACGACGGAGAAAGAAUGUCUAGCCAUCGUAUGGGGUAUAAGAAAGAUGAAAAUGUACUUAGAAGGAUAUAAUUUCAUAGUUAUCACGGAUCAUUUAUCGCUAAAAUGGCUAAAUUCUAUAGAAUCACCAACAGGCCGAUUAGCCCGCUGGGCUCUAGAGUUGCAGCAAUACCAGUUCUCCAUACAGUACCGAAAAGGAUCUCAAAAUGUGGUCGCCGACGCGUUAUCUCGACAACCUUUAGAAACUUUUCAGAGAAUGGUAACUAGUGAGCAGAAAAUAGAAUGUCCAUAAAAAUAUCCUGAUUUUGUAAUAAUAAAUAAUUCUCUUUACAGACAUUUUCCACGUAACCACAACGAUGAAGACUGCCAUCCAUGGAAACUUUGUGUUGGUAUUAAUGACAGAGAACGUGUAUUGAAAGAGAAUCAUGAUGAUCCAACAGCUGGCCAUCUCGGAAUUCGGAAGACUAUAAAUCGCGUAUGUAAUCGGUACUAUUGGCCAGGCUUGUUUAGAGAUAUUACCCGUUACGUGAGAAAAUGUCAGUCUUGUCAAAAAUACAAAGUUAGCCAACGCAAACCAGUCGGAGAAAUGUUGAUAAGAUUACCCGAAGAACCUUGGGCCACAAUCUGCCUAGACUUUGUAGGUCCAUUACCACGAACCAAACAUGGAAAUACAAUGAUACUCGUGAUAGUAGACCGAUUUUCAAAAUGGACGGAAAUUAUACCCCUAUGAAAAGCCACAUCAGAAAAUUUAAUAAAAGCCUUCAGAGAACGUAUAUUGUCGAUAUUUGGUGUUCCAAAAGUAGCCAUUACCGAUAAUGGUACUCAAUUCACCAGUAAACUAUUUCAAAAAUAUCUGGAAGACAUUGGAGUCAAACUACAGUACACAGCACCCAAUACCCCCCAGCAAAAUCCUACCGAACGAGUUAACAGAGUUAUAAAAACAAUGAUAUCACAAUUUUCCGAAAAUAAACAUACUAUUUGGGAUGAAUUAAUACCAGAAAUAACGUUGGCUACAAACACAAGUCUGUCGGAGACAACCGGUUAUUCGCCAGCCUUUAUAAUUCAAGGUCGAGAACCUCGACUACCAAACGCGCUAUUCGAUGAAGUGACCAACGGAACGGGAGAAAUAGCUCAAGAUCCGAAAGAUAAAUCUAUUCGACUACAGGAAAUAUUUAAAAUCAUUCAGAAUAAAUUGAUUAAGGCUAGCCAAGAUCAACUACAAUCUAAGUUGGCCAAGAAGUGGGAUGACAACAUUAGUGUCAGAGAGACCGUUAAGUCUUUUGAAAGUCUGUCCAUUACCGGAAGGGAUAAUCGAGUUACGCAAACAUUGCAAACGCUUUCAUCAUCCACCAAACCGGCAUCAUCCACUACAUCAUCAUCAGCGUCAACAUCGUCGUCAUCAUCAACAUCAUCUUCUUCAACAUCUUCAACAUUAUCAGCAAUGGAGGUGCGUAUCCCAACACCAGACGUAAUAUUGAUAGAGGAGCCAGGACCAGUAACAUCUACCAAUAUAACUACUGCUAGUGAAGAAGGUUCCGAGAAAAUUGACUUAGUCGAAAAAUGGAUCGAGUCACAAAACCAAGAACGGCAACAAUCUAUGGGAACAAAUUCAACGAAUGACAUUUCCUCUUCAACACUAUCGAAUACUUUGGAAGAUAUUGUGGAAGCAGGAAAUCUUCCUCAAACCAUAAUUGAUGAACUGUUGUUAAGAAUACGCAGCCGUCUCACCUCAACUACUCGUAGAACGAGCAUGAUAGUAACUCUCGAUGACAGUGUUUAUCGAAUAUUAUUCCGUCGACCAAAUCUCUUCUUGAUCAAGCUCAUCAACCGAAGAAGGGAAGAUGUGUGA